UAUAAAAGACCACGGAAUUACAUUCUUUUAGUAUUAGAUGAACAAGCAGACGAUAACAUACAGCCAUGUUGAGUCAACAAAAGUCGCCGAAUCCAUUCAGCAUCAGCAGAGUUUUAGGUGACGAUUUCUCGUCUAAAAAGUUUCACGAAGAACAUCGCAAUGCUAAUCGUUUGUAUGAAGAAUUUUAUUUGAAAAAUUCAAAAUGUCUAAGCAGCAUGCAUCCUAAUAGUGUGGCGAAUACAACAAUGAACAAAGAUGUCACGAAAGAUGUGAGUGAAAAAUUCAAUUGUGAAUUUAACGAGGAUUCAAAUAUCGAUGUGGAACAUUUGGAUUCAAAGGAGGAUUUGGAAUUGAAUGACAGUGAUAGCAACAGCCAUGAAGAUUUAGAUAGUUCAAUUGAAGUUGUUGACGAUGACGUGAACAAUGAUAACGUCAUAUCCGAGAGUGACGUCAGUGGUGUUAAAUCCGAUGGGGACGUUUCACCUUCUGGUGACUCGGAGAAGGAGAAUGAAAGUAGCAAAAAAAACGACAAACCCCCGUUCAGUUACAAUGCCUUGAUUAUGAUGGCGAUACGAAGCAGUCAUGAGAAACGGAUGACACUGAGUCAGAUCUAUGAAUUUAUCAUGAAAAACUUCCCGUAUUAUAAGGACAACAAACAAGGAUGGCAGAAUUCUAUUCGUCACAAUCUCAGUUUAAACAAAUGUUUCCUUAAAGUUCCUCGACAUUACGACGAUCCUGGAAAAGGAAACUAUUGGAUGUUGGAUCCUUCAUGUGAUGACGUAUUUAUUGGUGGAACCACGGGAAAGCUGCGGCGACGAUCGUGUAGCACCGCCAGGAACCGCUUAGCGGCAAUGAGAAAAGUUGGCAUGCCUUACCCAGGACUGGGCGGGUAUCUACCUCAACAGGACCGCUUCGGCUCCCUCGGGUGGCCAAUGGGUGUGCCGUAUGCAAUGACAGGGCCUCCUAUGGCACAUUUAGCAUCCAUAGCAUCACAAUUUCCAAGUCCUUACUUCAACAUGUCGUCUCCAACAACAGCAAACGGAAUACUAAAUUUUUCAGUUGAUAAACUUUUAUCCUCGGAACAUUCACCCAAACGGCCUAUCACAAUGACCAGAUCAGACUUAUUAAAUGCAUCUCCAUCUCAAGCAACAAGUGCCUUUGCCUGCCAUUCGGGACAUUUUCUGUUCCCACCAAUGGCUCAUUCCAAUAAUGCAUCGCAAGCCGACCUCUUUAAUCGUAUCCGUGCUAUGUCCUCUGUGAACAAUUUUCCCUUCGUUGUGGGUACAGACAGUGGCGCAGGGAUGCACCUCAACAGAUUUUCCUCAGGAGGUUUGGUGACUUCCCCAAAUUCAUCAUUUACUCCAGUAUCGUCAUCUUCGAGAACGUCGUGAUUUUUAGUAUCGAUGUCAAAUGAUGCAUUGUAUUCUGUGAUAUUUAUUCUUUGUUCAAACAUAAAUUAUUUACUGAGUAUUAAUUUAUUUAAACAGAAACAAUUUACUCCAUAUUAACUUUGUUUAAAGAUACAUUAUGGGAGAUUAGAUAAAGAGCUGACAGUUCUCGCUAUAAUAGUUAAAAACUAGAUACUGUCAAGCCAAUUUGCUGAAAAUUUCAGUCAAUUUGAUCCACUCUCAACCGAGAUUUUAGCGAUUGAAUUUUGGGCUUAGCCUCGAUCAUCAUUACUAAAGUCGGUACGAUAAAAAAAACAUAGUCUCGAUUACCAUUUCUUGAUUUAAUCAUGAAUAAGCGUUGAGCAGCACAUCGGAUCCUAAUCCGGUAAAUAUCGCAGGCUAGCGAUGACAUCGAGAGUUAAUUAUGGUCUGGUUAAGUCAAUUAAUGUUUAAUUAAUAAUUUAGAUAACAUUUCAGGCCGAAAGAAAGACCCGAAAUAGGCAGAUUUAGCUCUUGCAUAAUGUAUGUUUAAAUACGAAUAUUGAACUCGGUAUUAGCUUAUCGUUGUUUAUAUUUUAGAAAUAAAUCACUAGGUAUUAAUUUACUUUUGUUUAAAUUUUAGAAAUAAAUCACUAGGUAUUAAUUUAAAGUUGUUUAAAUUAUAGAAAUAUUAAACUCGUUAUUAUCAUAUGUUAGUAGCAUUUAACAAUUGACACAUGUAAUAAACACAAAAACAUAAUAUGGAACAUAAAGCGACGUUUCAUUGAGGUUCUCUCAACGUUAUCGAGCAAAUGAUGAUGAAAAUAAUAUACAGAAAGUUUAUAGACACACUUACUAUUUUAAUUAAAGCGACGUUUCUUUGAGGGUUCCCUUGACGUUAUCAAGCAAAUGAUGAUGAAUAAUAUGUGUGCGAAAUAUCUUUAUUUAACUUCCGCUUCCACCGAGGUGAUAUCGCAGACAAAUGAUGAAUAUAAUAAAUAAGGGUUUUUAUAUCAUUUGCUUGUUAAAGUUGAGAGAACCCCCAAAGAUAGUAAUCAUGCUCCAUGUCAUGUUUAUUGUAUUGACCUGUAUGCUUUAAUGGAUGCACAAUUCAUUAUAUUUAAUUAAUUUCCUAUUUGCUAAUACUAAUUGUGAUUUGUGUUACCUGAUUAUAACUCCCUACCUGUAAAAUUAUAAAUAUUGAUGAAGUUAUUGGUGGGGUGGGGCAUGAGCAGAAUAAACCUAUGAAUAGGUUUAUAGAUAGCAGUAGGAUUUUAGAAUUUGUUAUUGAAUUAUGAUUCAUUGUAAAUGGCAUUUUAUUGUUUUAUUUAUUUAAAGUGCGUCCUCAGUUUAGAAUUUGUUAUAAUUAAUUGUAAUUAAUUUUAAAUGGCAUUUUAUUGUUUCAUUUAUUUAAACUGCGUCCUCAUUAAAAAUAAUUAAAAAGGUUUCUAGAUAGCAAUAUGGUUUUAGAAUUUGUUAUGAUUAAUUGUAUUUAAUUGAAAAUGGCAAUAUGGUUUUAGAAUUUGUUAUGAUUAAUUGUAAUUAAUUGUAAAUGGCAAUAUGGUUUUAGAAUUUUUUAUGAUUAAUUGUAAUUAAUUGUAUAUGGCAAUAUGGAUUUAGAAUUUGGUAUGAUUAAUUGUAAAUAGCAAUAUGGUUUUAGAAUUUGUUAUGAUUAAUUGUAAUUAAUUGUAAAUGACAUGUUAUUGUUUUAUAUAUUUAAGGUGCAUUAACAUUAAUAUUUAUAUGUGUGUAAUUGUAUAUUUUAUGUUUGCAUGCCCCCUUUCAGUAUUGCGAUUGUUGGAAACGGUGGAACUCACAAAAUAUUACAUUUGUAUAUACACAUGCAUAAUAAAAUACGUCCAGUUAAAAAAACAAAUCAGCUCUUUAAUUCUUUAUGGGCAUUGUCAGAUAGUAUAGAGAAGGGGAGAAAGAUGGGGUUUAACGUCCACUCGACACAAACUAGGUUAUUUCGGGAUCAACAUAUGGUUCAAUUCCAUUUCAAUAUUUCGAUUUCGCGUGCGCUUAGGAGUCUAUAGCAGUGGGAGGAAACCGGAGGACCCGGAGAAACCCCACGAGGUUGGACAGGCGACCCUACUCCUUGUCAUUUACAACCGGGGAAUCAAAACCACACCAGUUGACUCAAUGACAAACCUUAUGAUACAGCGCUACCCCCCUCCCCCGAGUAUUAAUACAAUGAUACUAGCCUUAAACACAUAUAUAAAUGUCAACAAAAACCGCCAAAAUUGUUAUGAUACAGCGCGCAUGUGGUCAAUCAUUAACCGAAUAUUUAAAAUUGUUAUAAACGCGGCUGUCUGUUAUUUAUAAGCGGAUGUAUUUGUUAUUCACAAGUUGUUACUAAAAUGUAACCUGUUAAUUAUUAGCGAAUAUCUAUCAUGCUAUUUGUUAUUCACAAAUUGUUACACACCUGACAGUCUGUUAAUAAUUAGCGGAUGUAUGUCAUUUGUUAUUCGCAGGGUUUUACGUUAUAAAUUAACAGACCAUUUAAAGAUCUAUAUGCCUUUUUUUAAAACGUGUCUUGUGCGCCCCCCCCCCCCCAUCUCCACCCAAACAAAAAAUUUCCUUUUAUACAAGAAACAUUCCACGGGACUUAA